UUCGACAAAAUUACCAUAAUUAUUACUUAUUCGAUUUGUUUGUUUCGUUUUGCAUAGCUGAAUUGCAGUAGUGACACCUUCAGAUCGAGAUCCAGCUCCUGAUCAGACCAGAAACACCCCGUCGCAUCCCGUCCCGACAUUGAGAUGCGGCUGCCCCUGACGGCGCUCUGCAUCUGCAUUCUGAUCCUCUGCAUCGAGCUCGUGUCCAAGGCGGUCGCCCAGGGGAUGCCCGUCAGUCCGUGUCCCAAGAUAUUCCAGUACCGCUUCGACGGCAGCGAGUGGUUCGGCCUGAUGGCCGUGCGCAGUCCGGAUGGCCACCAGCCGCUCCACAUCCGGGUGACGCUCUCCAUGCGGGGCAAGCCCACAACGAACUACCUUGGUGAAAUCGAGCUACUGACCCGCGGAAAGUUCGCCCACAACGCGCCGGUGCUCUACAAGAUCCGUUUCCCCAAGCACCACUUCCCACCCAAACUGCUCCUCCUGUCGGCCAACAACCAUGUGAUCUGCUUUGGAUCCGGCGAGCACAGCAUCUUCAUGACCCAAAUCCAGUUGGAGCACAUCAGGAAAUUGGCCUUUAUUCCGGAUAAGAUCAGCUCCCUACUGUUGGAUCCUCACGAGCAGGGGGAGGGGGAGGAGGCAGACACGAAGGCGGAAGAGGAGGCGAAGAAGACGCACAUCCAGUUCAAGAAAAAACCCUUUGUUCAGGCGCUUAAGGAUAUUUGCGGACGCAUCGACAGGGAUCUCGACUUUCGGCUGUCCCAAAAAAGGGAUCAGGAAGGGGAACAGGAACAGGAAUCGGAACCUAUCCUUGGCUCAGAAGCCAUAACAUCGCCGGUGUUUGUUGAAGACAACGACGGAGAGGAUGCUCAUGGCUUGGAGCACUUUGUAGACGAAACGGAAGAGGAAGAAAACGAAUCGCUGGAUGAUAGUGCGAGCCUGCCGUCGAUCACCAGGGGAUCCUGGCCCUGGCUGGCGGCCAUCUAUGUGAACAACCUGACCUCCUUGGACUUCCAGUGCGGCGGAACCCUCGUCUCGGGGCGCGUGGUCAUCAGCUCGGCGCACUGCUUCAAGUUGUUCAACAAGCGCUUCACAUCCAACGAGGUCCUCGUCUUCUUGGGCCGGCAUAAUCUCAAGAACUGGAACGAGGAGGGCUCAUUGGCGGCCCCCGUGGACGGCAUUUACAUCCAUCCCGACUUCAACAGUCAGCUGAGCAGCUACGAUGCGGAUAUCGCCGUGAUCAUGCUCAAGGACGAAGUUCGAUUCAACACCUUCAUUCGCCCCGCUUGCCUGUGGUCCGGUUCCAGCAAGGCGGAGUACAUUGUAGGCGAGCAGGGCAUCGUCAUUGGCUGGAGCUUUGACAGAGCGAACAGGACGCAGGAUCAGAAGCUGUCGCCGGUGGCUCUGGGGGGUAAGAAAUCCAGCGAUUCGCACAGUGCCCCCAAGGUGGUGAAGGCUCCGGUUGUCGGGAAUGCCGAGUGCUUUCGGGCUAAUGCCCACUUUCGCAGCCUCUCCUCCAACCGAACUUUUUGCGCCGGCAUCCACACGGAGGAGCGGGAUCGCCAUCAGCAGAUCAGUGCCAGCAUUUACACAGGCAUUUCGGGAGCCGGGCUUUUUAUCCGGCGUAACAAUCGCUGGAUGCUGCGCGGCACAGUGUCAGCUGCCCUGCCCGCCGUUGAAUCGCCAGAACCGGGUUACGUUUGCUGUAGAAGCCAGUACAUUAUAUAUGCUGACGUGGCCAAGUUCCUCGAUUGGAUCACGGCCUUCGUAAUUUAA